CUGGAAGGUCUGGCUUAGAAACCAAGAAUGAAGCUCCUUUUUGUAGCUGCCUUUGCACUCUUUGUGCUCUCCACAUUUGACAAUGUCGAAUCUUCAGCUUAUGACAAAAUUGUUGCCCACAGUCGCAUCAGGGCAAGAAAAGAAGGACCCAAUGUUUGCGCGCUGCAGCAAGUCAUGGGGACCAAGAAGAAGUACUUCAGCACUUGUCGCAAUUGGUACCAAGGAGCCAUCUGUGGAAAGAAAGCGACGGUGCUUUAUGAGUGCUGCCCUGGGUACAUGAAGUUGGAGGGCAUGCGUGGUUGCCCUGCAGUGGCACCGAUUGACCAUGUGUAUGGCACCUUGGGUCUGGUGAAGGCCACCUCAACCCAAAAAUACUCUGAUGUUUCUAAACUGAGGCCUGAGAUUGAGGGAUCUGGGUCAUUCACCAUCUUUGCCCCCAGCAACGAUGCCUGGGAGCUCCUGGAUGAAACAGUGAGAGGUGCACUGGUCAGCAAUGUCAACAUUGAACUGUACAACGCUUUGCAUUACCACAUGGCCAACAAACGCCUCUUCACUAAAGAUCUGAGGAAUGGGAUGACAGUCACCUCCAUGUACAAUGACCUUGGUCUCCAAAUUAACCAUUACUCCAAUGGGGUGGUGACGGUGAACUGCGCUAGGAUUAUCCAUGGUAACCAGGUUGCCACUAAUGGCGUUGUGCAUGUCAUUGACCGCGUCAUCAGCAGUGUUGGAAACACAAUCCAGGAUGUUGUGGACAUUGACGAUGAUCUGACAACUCUGAGUGAUGUGGCCCAAAACGCUGGAAUCAUGGAGAAGCUGGGUCAGCCAGGACAUUACACUCUCUUUGCCCCCACCAACGAAGCCUUCGAGAGUCUGGGAAGUGAAGUGCUGGAGAGACUUCAGGGGGACAAAGAGGUCCUCAAGGCUCUUCUGAAUUACCAUCUUCUGGACUCAGUCCAGUGCUCUGAGGCCAUCAUGACUGGCACCUCUUAUGAGACCCUGGAGGGCAACAAUAUUGAGAUUGGCUGUGAUGGUGAAAGUCUGACAGUCAACGGCAUUAAGAUGGUGCUCAAGAAGGACAUUGUCACCACCAAUGGUGUCAUCCACCUUAUUGAUAAAGUGCUCAUGCCAGACUCAGCUAAACAGGUGAUGGAACUAAUGGGAAGCUCCCAGUCAGUAUUUGGGGACUUGGUGUCCGAACUGGGUUUUUCUGAAGCCAUGAGAUCAAAUGCUGAGUACACUCUGCUGGCUCCUCUCAAUGUUGCCUUCAAUGAUGAAGUGAUGUCCAUGGACCAGUCUUUGCUCAAAAUCAUCCUGGAAAACCACAUCUUGAAAAGAAAGAUUGUCUUGGGAGAGUUGUUCAAUGGCCAGCGGCUGGAGACCAUUGCUGGAAAAUAUCUGAGGGUGUUCAUCUAUCGCACAGCUGUGUGCAUCGAGAAUUCCUGUCUGGUAAGAGGCAGUAAAGAAGGAAGCAAUGGGGCACUUCAUCUCAUGAAGAUCCUGUUGAAUCCGGCGGAAAAGUCUAUGUUUGAGAUUCUAACAGAAAAAGGAGGGUUCAAGAUAUUUCUGUCUCUGAUGGAAGCUGCUGGCUUAACAGACCUGCUGAAACAGGAGGGAGACUUUACUCUGUUUGCUCCAAGCGAUAAAGCUUUUGCUGGUUUGAGUCAAACGGAUUUGUCGUUGUUGAAGAGUGACAUGAAUGCCCUUAGAACCAUCCUUUUGUAUCACAUCAACAAUGGUAUCAUCAUUGGUGGUGGUUUGGAGACUGGGGUGACAAACCUUCUCAAGUCCCUGCAAGGCAGCAAUCUCAGAGUGAUGUCUGCAAACAAUUCUAUGCUGGUGAAUUCUGUCCAAGUCCCUCAAUCUGAUAUCAUGGCCACAAAUGGAGUCAUCCACUUUGUCAACCAAGUCUUGUAUCCCGGAGAUAUCCCCGUUGGAAGCCAGGAUUUUCUCACGCUAUUGAAGAGGCUCAUCACUUACAUGCAAAUCAAGUACAUUUCAGGGUUCAGGUACAAGGAAAUUCCCCUUACAUUUUUGAGGAGGAUCAUCACUCAGGUCCACGAAGGGGAACCCACUAUCACCAAGGUCACCAGGGUCAUUGAAGGUCAACCCUCCAUCACCAAGGUUACCAGGGUCAUUGAAGGUCAACCCUCCAUCACCAAGGUUACCAGGGUCAUUGAAGGUCAACCCUCCAUCACCAAGGUCACCAGGGUCAUUGAAGGUCAACCCUCCAUCACCAAGGUUACCAGGGUCAUUGAAGGUCAACCCUCCAUCACCAAGGUUACCAGGGUCGUGGAAGGCCCUCAGUUCUCAGUCAGCUCUGGCACCGCCAACAUCGCCCUGGAAGAAACUGAUAUUUCAUCCAUGGACGACGACAGUAAAAGACUUGUCCAAAUUAUCAAGGAAGGCAGUUCAAGAAGAACCGCUUCCCGGAGAGUUGUAGAUAGCAACAGGAGGAGGGGAAGGGACUAAGCAUGGAUGGAUGAGAAAACCGACCGUGUAAAGGCAGUGAGAGGCAUCAAACAAGAUUGAGAUUGGUGUUUUUAAAUACAGAAUACACCUAAAAUGACAGUGAUUUCAAAUGUUUUUUUAAAUGUAUAAUUGACAAAGUAAAAAUAUUUUUUUCAAUGGUGCUUUGAAUGUAUAUCUAGCAUGACUGUGUCUAAAAAAGUUCAGCAUGUGUAAACAAUGUUCAAGUUAACACUUUGGCAUUAUUUCAAAUAUGCCAAGCAAGUCAGGAUAGUUAUAUUUUUUCUAAAAUCUGCUGGCUACAGUAUAUAACAUUUCAGUUUUACACUUUGAACUUUCACUUGAGGUGAAGUUUAAAACAAGGAGAUUUUACAAGCAUUAUGGGAAGAUUCAUAAAUCUCAGCAUGAAAGAGGGUGGAAUAAUAAAUGCUGGUGUGUUUUCAGACGUAUUCAGACGUAUCUGAACUUGUAAGUUGCUGAAGAUUUCAUGUAAAUUGUUCCAAUGUUUGUAUUAUUGUAUGUUGUUUCCUUUCAUUUUUUUAACAUCUUCCAAUAAAGUGCAUUAUCUUAAAUAAUACGCCCAUUUUUGAGAG